AGACAAAGGUUUCAAUUUUAAAAGACUUUGUACACAACCCUAUGUAAGCGCAUAUGCCACGCCACUGCCGCGUGUGCUGUAUGUGAACAAAGUUCCCACAUCCUUCUCAGCUGAAAGCAAAAUUAGCACCUUGGCAGGAAGCUGAAUUAAACCCUGUAUGCAACAAUUGAACAGGCAAGCAGGUGACCUAAUCUUUAAGUGCAAAUACAGCUACUCUCAGAAGAUUUCAUUUUGUGGUAACUACAGGCUGCAGCAUGUGCUGUUUUAAAGAGACACUUUGGAGAACUAUCUGGCCCGUGUUUGGUCUGCAUUUUAAAUAAAGGCGUGGGCUGCAUAUUCAUUUGUGUUACAGAAGUUGAGUGUUCAGCUUUCAGGACGUUUCUAUCAAGCAUUUUGUGUUGGCAGCUGCUGCACAAUACACACAGAUUACUGAUCCGCAGAAGUGCCAAGAAGCCCCACCAGAAUCUCUCAGCGCUAAAACGUGUAAACAAGCUUGGGACAUCCCAACUCCGUUCCUAAAACGCACCAUGGCCACAAGACCGCAGUUCCUUUUUCUUGAAGGACUGAGCUUUAGAUACCCAACUUCAAAUAAAAAUUCAAUAUAUCAAGCACUUUCCUUUACCAUGACCCAGAUCUUCUGUUCCUUGUGUACAGGCUGUAGGGUUAAACUUAAUUCCAGGGUCAGGCUGUAACUCGUUUCCCACUGCUCUUGCAAGCGAGUAACCAGACAUUAGUUGUACUUUCAGCACUCUCCUGGUUCAUAACCACAAAAUACUUGAUUUAAAGGUGAAGCAGUUCCCUGACAAUGCAAAACCACAUACUGUACCCUUUCUCCCCAAAGCAGCUUAGCCCAGCAGCAAGACAUGAGACAACAAGCACAGAAAUACAGGCGUGCCAAAGCACAUCCUUUGCGAUCCCCUCCCUGCUUGGGUUACCACCAGAGGGGCAGGAACUGCUUACAGCUCACAGCAAAGAUCAAUUUAAAAAGGGAUAUGGAAAAAAAUAAAAGGUCCUGCAAAACUUCUUUCCACCUGUAUUGAGCCACACCAGAGAGUGCAAUGUCUUUUGGAACAACUGCUGAGCAGACUCAAGAAGAGCAGCACUCGCACAACAGAAGGAAGUUGCUGAUGACAGAUAAUCCACAGUGACCCUUAAAAGCACAAAACAAUGAGGCAAACAAACAACAAAACAAACAAAGGAACACAAAAAGGAAGCCAGUGAGAAACGCGUUUGGCUGCUGCAGGUUAAUUCCCAGUUUUGACUCAUUUCUUCCAACUCAACCUACAACUCCCCCCAGUCAGCUACUCCCUCCCACCAGCCAAGAGCCCCCGGCCACGCUCCCGCAGCGGAGGGGCCACAAGGAGCCUGACGCAUUUUGGCACGAGAACCUGGGCAACUUCUUGUCAAAACCACACACCACAGGAUGAAACACAUACAGGGGAACCCAAUUCUGCUUCAGCCUUCAAUCGUACCUCUGUUGUGUUUAGGAAAAGGUCUGUAAUCAGUUUUCCCGUGAACAUAUUAAUGAAGCAAUAGAGACAAAAACAAGGAAGAUUUCAUCCCUCAAACCAAGGACUUGUCAUGUCUUAUCAUUACAAUGAAGCCUUUGAAAAUCCAGACUACCACUUCUCAGAGACACUGGAAAUUGAUAGAAGGAGGAAUUCUCAAAAGAAUCUAUUCUCUCACCAAAGCCCUUAUGAUUCUUCACUGCAUGGUUCCUACGCAGAACACAGUGGAAGAGGACAGAAUUAUCCUCAGGCCAUGCCAAUGGCCUCCAUGAGACAUAGCUUUGAAUACAGCGAAGAUUUACUGAGACUUAAUGUCCUAAGCAGAAGUCCAUAUGGAAAUUCCAUGGAUAAUCUUUCCUUUGAGCCAGAGCCAGAACUGGCAUACGGCCCACCUUCUACCUUCCAUCCACUGGAUCACCCCUAUACCCAUGGAAUUUCCAGUGUAUCAGAAGAUAGUUUUAUUCGGAGACGCAGCAGAAGACCACCUGAUGAGAUCUUCAUGACUUCUUUCAGCCCAUUUGAAACGGAUCCAGCGCGUAAAGAAGAGGAAGAGUUAGUUGGAAAUCUUGCAAGUAUGUCCACCAGAGAAAGGAUUAAAACAAUCCAGGAGAUGCCAGAGACCAUGAAAAAAAAGAGAGAGAUCAGGAAUAAAGUUCUUAAAGAAAUAACAAAAAAAUCAAGGCACUGCAGUAUUCGACUUUCCUGCUGUACAGAUUGCCUGCAGGGAAUAGUAGUGUCAUUUCGGCGCUUUGGAAAUAGCUUGUCAGAAUACUUUCACCUACUGCAGUUCAUGCACAAGACUCUGAAGAUCAUUGGUGCCAACUUUGGAACAAGUGUUCUUUCUUAUUUUAUUUUCUUGAAGUGGCUGCUAAAUUUCAACAUCUUCUCAUUCCUAAUAAACUUCAGUUUCAUCACAAUCCCUCAGUUUAUUGCGGCAGAACCAAAUAACCUUUCAUUCACUGGUCUGGAACUGUUCACUGGAGCUGGUUAUUUUCAACAAACGGUACUCUACUAUGGCUUUUACACCAAUGCUACAAUCAGUAAAAUAGAGAAUGGUCCAUCUUACAAUAUGCAGCUGGCCUAUAUUUUCACCGUUGGAAUAUAUUUUGUCAUCUGUUUUCUUAUCUUGUUGUUCAGUGUGGCAAAAUCCUUCUGCAGGAACUGCGUUAACCCUGAGACAUUCUCUGGAGAAGCUAGCAAACUUCUCUGCACUUGGGACUUCAAUAUAACGAAUGAAAAAGCUGUGAAGCUGAAACAAAAGAAUCUCAGCACACAAAUAAAGGAAUACCUCGCUGCGGUAAACCGAGAAGUUCUAAAUUUUUCUGUAAGAGAGAGAGUUGUUCGUGUUGUAAUUCAUCUUGCUUCUUGGGUUGUUUCCCUGGGAACAGCAGUAGCUGCUUGUGCUGGUGUUUACUUCCUCUCCGUUAAUAACCUAAAGCUGUUUGCAAAAGGGCAUAAAAAUGACCUGGAGAGCCAAGCUGCCAUGUUGGUGCUACCUAUUGUCGUAUCUGUCCUUAACACAUUCAUCCCGUUCCUCUACUCGUGGCUUGUACACCUGGAGAGAUUUCAGACUCCCAGACACCAGAUAUGUGUCACUAUUACCAGAAAUAUCAUCCUGAAGAUAUCAAUUGUUGGAAUAUUGUGCUACUACUGGCUUAACAUUGUGGCUACGUCAGAGUCACAGUGCUGGGAAACUCUGGUUGGCCAAGAUAUCUAUCGUCUUGUUCUAAUUGACUUGAUAUUUUGUUUGCUUGGCUCUUUCUUUGGAGAGUUUUUACGAAGAAUUAUUGGAACUACAGCCUAUGUGAGCCUGGGGCUGCCAGAAUUUGAUAUCGGACGAAAUGUUUUGGAUUUGAUCUAUGCACAGACUUUGACCUGGAUCAGUAUCCUCUUCUCACCUCUGCUGCCUGGUAUCCAGAUGAUAUCAUUUUCUAUAGUAUUUUAUGUGAAAAAGGUCAGUCUGAUGAUGAAUUGCCAACCCCCUCGCAAAGUCUGGAGAACUGCUCAGAUGACAACAUCCUUCAUGUUCCUGCUGUUCUUCCCUUCCUUCCUUGGAGUCCUCUCUGUCAUUGGAGUCACUGUCUGGAGGUUAAAACCUUCAGAAGAAUGUGGUCCUUUCAGAGGUUUGUCUUCUAUGUAUGCCGCAGUCUCUGAGUGGAUAAAAACACUGGAAAAUUACACAGCCUCAAAAUGGGUAGUGUGGAUCUACCAUAACUUGAUUACAAGUGAACUUUUCUUCUUCAUCCUCUCCGCCGUUGUCCUAAUUAUUACUUAUCUUUACUGGCAAAUAAUAAAAGGAAGAAAGACCAUGACCAGACUCUUACGUGAGCAGAUUAUUAAUGGAGGAGAAGAUAGAAGGUUUUUACUUGGAAAGCUACAGUCCCUGCAGAGAGCAAACUUGAACCAAUCUGUGCCGAGAGGACAAGGCCUGCAGGUCUGUUUGAUAACCCAGACGAACUCUUCUUCACACUGCGCAUCCAGGCAGCCUGCCCAGCACCUGCCAGGCGACCGAGGAAGCGCAGCGGAGAGGAAUCCGAGUGCAGCCUACGACGAGUAUGUCUGCUCUGCUGGGAUCGUGAGGGGCUCUGGCUUCCCGCCAGAUUCAGAGAUGUCCCAGCUCCACGGCCAGGCCGGCAUGUCCGAGGCGCUGGCGCUUGCUCUACGCGCUAGAGAAGCAGCGGAGUGGGAAGAUGAAGACGACGACAAAGAUUUUUGACCGUGAGCAGGCGGAAUCAAUAACAAACAUUGAGGCACCGACUGAUGUUCUGCAGAAAGCAACACUCGCACUAAUGACUGAAAGAACCAUUCCAACAUUUUUUUUUACCCCCAAAUGGAAGAAAAAAAUACAACAACAGAUGCAAAAUGCAUCUGACUACAGCUUAUUGGUACAGUACGGAAUAUCCUGUGUGUAGUGAUACCCUGGUGAUUGCCUUCCCCUGGGAUUGGCUGUUACCUCUGUACAGUUUCCUUGUAUUUAGUCUAAUUGUAAAUUAAAGCUUUGGUCAUUAAAAAUAUUUUAAUCAGUGGGAUUGUUCAAACUGCUUUGAUCUGAUCUAACCCAAAAGUGAAGUCAAAAUAAAAUAGAAGCAAA